AUGGAACUGGCCGAAAGAUUGAAUCAGCAGUAUAUCGAUGACGACGAGACAAGAAGAAUUGCAGUUGAUCCUUGGGAUGAAUUUCUAGGGGCAUCAAUUCGAAGAAGUGCAGCAAAAGAAUCUGUUGAAGACCUUCAGUUACUGAUUGAGAACACACGUGAGGACUUAAUACCGUUCAACAAUCGUCGGAACAACUGGACCCCGCCAUACACUGCCUUUAUUAAAUUGUGUAUCCAAUCUGCAAAAGGCUUUCAGUUCCAACGUGUUCUAUACAACAAGUAUCUUCAUGAAGCAGAGAAGGCAAUGCAUACAAAACUGUUUGGAAAUCGUUGUGAGAUCAUAUCUGUGAAGAAUUUGAAAAUCGACUUGGACAAUCAAGUUCUACGAUUUCCUGAGGGUAUUAACCUGAAAAUCGAGAAUUUAGAAGUUUCCGGUUGGAGUUCAUCUCAUUUCGAGUGCCUAACGAAUAUUAUUGAUCCGUCAUCAUUUCCAAUUCAGCAACUCAAAAUGGAAAGCUCCCUCAGUUCUCCAGAUUUUCGACACAGCAUUGCGAGAGAGGCAAAGUCAUUGAUUAUCAAUAAUGAUACCAAUGAAAUUGAUUCAUGGACACCGAUUCUUCUUAAUCUGACCAACAGAAGAGUGUGUUUGAUGAAUGAGAACCAACGCGAUCCUCCAAAUGAUUAUGUGGAUUUGAUUGAGAAUUGGUUGGAGAGAGGCCGUCCGGUUGGAACCAUAUUUACUAUAGGAAUCAAGAACGAAGAGACCGUGAAGCAAUGUUUGGAUGCUCUGAAACAGAGACAAGAGGUUUUAGGAUCUUCUGGAAAACAAGUACAACUCCGUAUCAAUGCUUCAUUGAUCCUCAAUGUCUCUUAUGAAAUGAUUGAUCAUACAGGCAGUUUUCCUAGUGAUUAUACUUCAAACUUGUGGCUGAGACUGAAAGUGGUUUGUAGAAGAUCGGAAUAA